ACGUAACCGACGGCCGCGCUGCGUCUGCAAACAUCACACUUGCCUGUGAGCAGUCCACGCGGUUAACAGUCCUAGCUAGAAUGUACGCACUAUGAAGUGAUUUCUUCUGUUUCGAGAUUUUUUUUAUUGAAAAUUAAGUUUCAUUUCGAGUUACAAUGCCUGUGAUAAAUUUGAAGAUUAUUGAUAUUGUCCCAGUGAGAGUGAAUCUCUGGAUAAUGAUAUUUACGAGCUGUUGGGUAGUAUACAUGCUGCGUGUCAACAUGAGCCUGAACCUGAUCGCGAUGGUGCCACAGCCAGCUAAAAAUAUCUCGAUACGAAAUCAAUGCUCUCCAGAUCCAAAGGGGGUACUUAACGAUUCGUUACGACAUGUAGAUAUAGCUGAAAUCAAAGAGGCUCCAAGACAGAUACAGGGUGGAUCGUUUAAUUGGUCUAAAGAUCAGCAGGCAAUGAUUCUCGGAUCUUACUUCUGGUGUUACCCUAUCACCUCACUAGUCGGUGGAAUGGCAGCUGAGCGAUGGGGCCCGCGAUAUGUAAUAUUGGCGACAUCGAUUAUGAGUGCGCUGCUAACUGUAAUCAGUCCAGCUGCCGCUAGACUCAAUUACAUCGCUCUCGUGAUAGUACGAUUCUUUCUUGGAUUUGCUGGGGGUUUCAUGUAUCCUGCCCUUCAUGUUUUAGUAGCGCGAUGGGCACCGCCAGAAGAAAAAGGAAAAUUUAUAAGUGCGCUUAUGGGAGGAACUUUGGGGACAGUUGUCACUUGGUCACUCACAGGUCCUUUAUUGGAAAGAUAUGGAUGGCCCUCUGCAUUUUACGUACCAGCAGCAUUAACGUUUAUUUGGUGCGGUUUUUGGUGGUAUCUUGUAGCCGAUACACCUACUGAGCACCCUAGAAUAUCAAUAUCAGAAAGGAAAUAUAUCUUAGAUGCUCUGGGUGACAAGAUUAAGAAAUCGAAGGGUCUUCCUCCAUUCAAGAGUAUUUGUACGUCGUUUCCGUUUUUAGCCAUGGUUAUACUACAUUUCGGAAAUCUUUGGGGGUUGUAUUUUAUUAUGACAGUUGGACCAAAAUUCGUAUCCAGCGUUCUCGGCUUUGAACUAACAGCAGCUGGUGUUAUAUCUGCUCUUCCCUACCUUGCUAGACUUUUCAUGGCCACUAUAUUCGGAGCUGUUGGAGACUGCAUACUAGCGAAGAAACUUAUGACAACAACUGUUAUAAGAAAAUUCUUCUGUCUUUUCUCACACGUAUUGCCUGGAGUACUUCUUGUGUUACUCAUGUACACUGGAUGUUCAACUGCUUUAUCAGUCGCAAUGAUAACUAUGUCGAUGGGUUUUAAUGGAGCAGCUACUCUGACAAAUCUUCAAAAUCAUCAAGAUUUAGCGCCUAACUUUGCCGGAACUCUUUAUGGAAUUGCUAAUUUCAUAGGAAGUACCUCUGGUUUCUUCACACCAAUGAUAACAGCGUAUUUCACAAGGACUGGGGAUAGUUUCGAUCAGUGGCGUCCCGUCUUCUUUGUAGGAGCAUCAGUAUAUGUAGUUUCUGCAAUAUUCUUUAUUUUGUUCGGUACUGGUAAUAUUCAAGAUUGGAAUUUUUCUGAAAGCGGAAAAAAUGAAAGUAAAGGGAAGACCAAAACUGAUGAUGCUAAUGAUAUGAAUGAAGCUUCUAAGAACGGUCAAAUAAGAGAUUUAAAAGAAAUGCCUACUAGUAUAACCACCCGGACAUAAAUUUUACCAUAUCAAGUAGUCUAAUUGUAAGAAAACACUUAAAUGACUAUUUAUUACUUUUAGGUGUAUCUUAAAAUUUUAGUUAUAUGAAAAGGAUCUGACUACUUUACUAGACAUUAUUAACGAAUUAUUUAAUUAUUGUGUCAGAUAUUGAACUGAGUAUUUUCCUAUAUAAGAUGUAUAAAUAAAUUAUAAUCGUUAGACGAUAUUAAUAGAUAAUAAUAUUUAUAAGACUAUGCAUUUUUAAAUGUUUCAAAUCGAAUAAUUUUACAUGAUUUCCAAUACCUAAUGUGCCUAAUGAAUAUUGAUUAAAAAAUUUGUAACUGUGAUGUUUUUACCAAAAAUGUUAUGUAUAUUAGUACCUACUCGUUUCAGUUUAAUUUUUUACCAAUAUUUAUUAGGUUAUCAUCAAGUAGGUUUUAUAAAUGAGGACGUAUACAUUUACAUGACAUUAUUUAAGUCCUUUAUUAAAUCAAAUAAAUUUACAAAUAUAAUUUUGUGUAAUUAAAUUCAUUAGUUUGUUUAUUUUAGUUUUAUUAUGUGACUAUACGUUAU